AUGUUUACACCCGUACAUACGUCCCUGGGCGCGCUACUGCUCUUUCAGAGUUCCUCGGGCCUUCUUCUUCAUAAUGGCGCGGUUUUUGGCAUUUCGUCGCUUCUGUCGGGGUCGGUUUUGCAUCCCACGAGAGAUAACGUUCCCGUCAUUGCUGGGUUGUUGUCUAGUGUCAUCCCGGUUUACCUGUUCGUGCCUUCGUUGAUACCGCUGUAUCCGCCGGGGCCGAACUCCUGGGCAUCGGUGGCGUCUACGCUCGCGACGGGUUUCUUGCUGGGCUGGGGGACAAAGAAUGGUCGAGGCUGUACAUCUGGCCACAUGCUCUGUGGUGUCUCCCGCCUAUCGCCGCGCUCCUUCAUCGCAACAGCUAUCUUCUUCACAACCGCUCUGCUAACGGCAAAUUUGGCCUCGGGGGGUCAGAACAUCCCGCCUUGUGCGUCCGGAGUGCCCUGUUACACUCCCGUAUAUCCGUCAACAGCGGAGCUCAUGUUCAUGAUCGGGACGGCCGCUCUCACAUUCAUCACGAACUGGUUUAUCGUGCCCCGGAGAAUGGAUAGAUCAGAGAACUCGAGAACGCUCUUCUCUUAUCUGGCAGGGUUGCAAUUCGGCAUGGGUCUCUUCUUCUCCGGAAUGGCAAACCCAGCGAAGGUUUUGCGUUUCUUCGCCUUUCCAACCGAUUUAGCCCGUUUCGAUCCUUCGCUGGCGCUUAUAAUUCUCUUUGGAAUCGGGCCGUCGCUCAUUACUUUUUUGACCGCGAAGCCGGGACAGAAGCUCGACAGUCCGGAUGGCGAACGGGCAAAGCCCACAUUGGCAGAUGGUUGGAGACUCCCAACAGCCACGGUGGCGGACAUUGAUUGGAGGUUUGUCGCCGGUGCAGUGGCCUUUGGGGUUGCUUGGGGGCUACGGGGAGUGUGUCCGGGUCCCGCGGUGCUUCGUGCAGCCCUGCAGCCGGCAUGGGGCCUUGUCGAAAUGACUGGGUACAUGUUAGGAAACCUGGUAUAG